AUGGCAUGCAGGACCAGCAAGCCGGCCGGUUAUUGUAUAUCUAUCUAUCUAUAUAUAGAGGCAAGGGAUGCAGGCAGUGCAUGCCCAUUAUAUUGCUACCAAGUGUUCACUGAUUAUAUUGCUACCAAGUGUUCACUGAUUUCGAUACAGCUCAAUUUUGGAUUGGUGGCGCCAAAUUCACAAUUUAUUUAUAGCUAGCCGUCGAUCGAAGAAACUGCAGGCAGGCAGGCAAGCAGGCAGCUCGCUCGGCCGGCGAUGGGUGGUUUUAAUCCUCCGGUGCCGCAGCAGGACAGCAACUGGGAGAUCAGGGUGGCGGUGCAGCUCAGCCUCCUCCUGCAGAUCAUCCUCAUCUUCGUCGGCCCCAUGCGCAAGCGCUCCUCCUCCCAGUGGCCCCGCUUCGCCGUCUGGUCCUGCUACCUCCUCGCCGACUGGGUCGCCGACCUCGCCCUCGGCCUCCUCCUCAAUAACAUGGGCAACAUCGGCGGCGGCGGGAACUCCACUUCAAGCUUCGGUCUCAAGCGCGGGGGUGGCGGCCCCAACGCCGGUGCCAUCGCCGGCAACAACAACGCCAGCAGCAGCAACAGCCCCAUCAUCUUCGCCUUCUGGACACCGUUCCUGCUGCUCCACCUGGGCGGCCCGGACACCAUCACCGCCUACUCCCUUGAGGACAACGAGCUGUGGCUCCGCCACCUCAUCGGCCUCCUCUUCGAGCUCUUCUCCGCCGCCGUCAUCUUCUUCUGCUCCCUGCACGGCAACCCCAUGAUCCCGGCCACCGUCCUCAUGUUCGUCGCCGGCAUCAUCAAGUACGCUGAGCGCACCUACUCCCUCUACUCCGGCAGCGUCAAUGGCUUCCGCACCAACAUUCUGGAACCCGCAGACCCCGGCCCCAACUACGCCAAACUCAUGACGGAGUUCGACGCCAAGGAGAAGGCCGGCCUUGUCGUGGAGAUCACCAUCGCCAACGGUGAGGCCGACCAGGCGCAGAAGGAGGCCGAGACAGAGGAGACCAGGCGGCUGAUGGUGUUGACCAACAAGACCGUGGAGGCGCGGGCGUACGAGUUCUUCCGCAUCUUCCGGCGCCUCUUCGUGAACCUCAUCCUCAGCUUCAAGGAGCGCCGGCUCAGCCAGGCUUUCUUCCUGGAGCGCGAGGACCUGAAACCCAGCGAGGCGUUCGAGGUCAUCGAGGUGGAGCUCAACUUCAUCUACGACAUGGUGUACACCAAGGCUCCCGUGGCCCACACCAAGGCUGGCUGGGUCCUCCGCUCCGUCUGUUCCUCCUGCCUCGUCUCCGCGCUCAUCAUCUUCUUCCUCCUCGACAAGCGCCACGCCAAGAUGGAGCCCUCCGACGUCGGCAUCACGUACGCGCUGCUCCUGGGCGGGCUGGCGCUUGACGCGGCGGCGCUGCUCAUGCUCUUGUUCUCCAACCGUGCCAUUGUCUUCCUCGAGCAGUCCCGACGGUUCAAGUGUCUCGGGUGGCUGACCAAGGCGGUCAGGCAGUGGCGGCCUCGGCGCUGGUCGGGGACGACCUCGCAGAUGAACCUCAUCAGCUACUGCCUGGACAAGCCGGACAAUUACAGAAACAGAGGUGGGUGCUGGCUUAAGGUCGCCGACAAGCUAGGCGUCGAGGAGAUCGUCGACGACUUCUUCUUCAUCCACCGCGUGCCACUCAGCAAGCACGAGAUCAUGGGGGAGAACCGUCUCCUCAAGUUCAUCUUCGACGGUCUCAAGGACGCUGCCAGGGAUCUGAAAAAGAAGGAGGACAUCAUGAAUGUGUGCAACUACAGAGGCCACGGCGUCCUCGAGCACCACAAGUACGACAUCAAGGAGGCCCUCCGGAACGAUGAGAAGAAGUUCGAUGUAAUCAUGAACAGCGUGAAGAACAGGGACUUCGACGAGUCCCUGCUGCUGUGGCACGUCGCCACGGAUCUGUGCCUCCGUGGCGACGACAGGAUACGGCCGGAGGCGAAGGACACCGAGUGGAUGCGGUUCGUCGGCGAGACCCUGUCGGAGUACAUGCUGUACCUACUGAUCAAGCAGCCGGAGAUGUUGUCGGCGACGGCGGGCAUCGGGCUGCUUCGGUACCGGGACACGUGCGCGGAGGCCCGGCGGUUCUUCGGUCCUGUCACUGCGGCCGCGUGGAUGACCGACCGCGCGGACGUGCAGGGGUUCCACAAGGAAGCGCGGAAGAUGCUGCUGAGCGUGAACACGUCGGAGAAGCCGGCGGUGGUGAAGGGCGACCGGAGCAAGUCGGUGCUGUUCGACGCGUGCAUCCUGGCCAAGGUGCUGAUGGAGCUGGACGAUGGGGGGCUCAGGUGGGAGGUGUUGACGGGGGUGUGGAGGGAGAUGCUCACGUACGCGGCAGGCAAGUGCCGGGGGAGCACGCACGUGCGGCAGCUCAGCCGCGGUGGCGAGCUCAUCACACUCGUGUGGUUCCUCAUGGCGCACAUGGGACUCGGCGACAUGUACCAGAUCCAGGAAGGGGACGCCAAGGCCAAGCUCAUCGUCAUCGACCAGUAGCAACUAGCAAGCUGGAGUAUCAUAUGUUUGAUUGAUUAUUUUUCG